AAACCUGAGGAUAUUGAUCGCAUGAUUCGCGACGCUGAAAAGUUUGCCGACGAAGACAAAAAAUUAAAAGAGAAAGUCGAUUCGCGUACUGAGUUAGAAUCGUAUGCAUAUAGUUUAAAGAACCAAAUAAGCGAUAAAGAAAAAUUAGGUGCCAAAUUGAACGAUGACGAGAAAACAAAAAUUGAAUCUGCCAUUGAUGAGACCAUUAAAUGGAUGGAACAAAACGUGGAUGUAGAUGCAGAAGAAAACAAAAAGCAGAAAAAAGACUUAGAAGGCAUUGUUCAACCAAUUAUUGCUAAAUUGUACCAAGGCGCUGGUGGUGUUCCACCCUCUGAAGAUAGUGAUAAUUUGAAAGAUGAACUGUAAAGUGUAGUUAUACCAUUUAGUUUUAAUGGAACUUUGAAAUCAACUUAGACUGAUUCGCACUUAAUUAACUGUUUAAUUUGUUUGAUAACUUUGCAACAUUCAUUUGUAAUAAGCUACCAUAAACUCUUCGAUUUUUACGAAGCGUUUUAUAAUUUAUUUCGAUUAAAAAUAAUAUAAACAUA